AGUCACGGGAAUAUCCAACGCCAAGACUCCCCGUCAGACUAUCUUAUCUCCCGAUCUCAUUCAACCUUCAACCUUCCAGUCAUCGCAAACCCAUACCAUUCGCCCCGCUACCAUCAUGUCGUCAAAACCGCAAACAUACAUGUCCAACGGACAGGUCCUUGGAAGCCCCCCGUUUUCCGUCCGCCUCGCUCGCUUCUUCGAGAAUGUCUAUCUCUUUCUGGGUCUCUAUCUCGUGAGCCUCUUCUCGGUUGAUCCUUACACCGCUGCCCAAAAUUCCAAAUUCAAUAUCACUCGUUCCGGAAACAACCCGAACACUCGUUCGCGAUGGGGCGGAAGUAGCGGCUAUGGAGGAGGCGGAGGAGGUGGUGGUGGUGGCGGCGGAGGUGGCGGGCCUCGCAAGAUUGGUCGCGUAGAUGAUAUUCGAGGACCGGAGUGCAAGAGCUGUCAAUGA